AUGCUGCUGCUUGUUCUUCUUCUAUUCAUUUGCAAAUCUGAGUAUUGUUACUCAAAUAAUGCUAGCUGCAUUGAAGUGGAACGAGUUGCUCUUCUCAGGUUCAGGGAGAGUCUAAUUGAUUUAUCAUACCGUCUUUCUAUCCCUGAUUGGUUUGUAACUUUAAUAUGGGCUUGCAGAGUAAUAGAUCUCUCUAAAAAUAAUAUUAGAGGAGAACUCCCCAUGAGUGAUGAAGUUAGUUUCCUAAGUGUUGUAUUCAAGUUUUCAAGCAAUCAUUUGACUGGUGAAAUUCCAAAGUGGUUGUGCAGUUUAGAAUUUUUAGAGAUCCUUGAUAUUUCUUCAAAUAAGUUGUCUGGAGAAAUACCUUCGUGCUUUGGAGAACUACAAGAGUUGAGAUAUUUAAAUUUGGGGAAUAACCAAUUAUUUGGUCACAUUCCAAAUUCAUUGGGAUCUCUCGAUGUCCUCUACUCUUUGCACUUGCAGAACAACAAAUUUGAAGGAGGACUCCCUUCAAGCUUGCAAAAUUUACAAAGCUUGAUCACUUUGGAUUUAAGUGAAAAUGGAUUAAUGGAUGUUAUUCCCCCCCUUGGAUCGGAGAAAACCUAG